AUGCAGGUGAAUAACUACGGGCGAAUUAACUCGCCCGGCGAUGAUAUCCGUGUAGCCAUGGCGAAGGGCGCAAGGAGGGCGGAAAGAUCUACCGCCGCCUCCGAAGCGAGCUAUGACGGGGACGACGGCGACGAAGAACACGGCGACGACGCCGAGGAGGAUUGGCCAGAGAACGGCCACGACGACAGCGCUUCGGGGGACGAAUUACCUCCUGCCGACAUCGAGGAUGACGAAUGGUGGAAUCGGCCCGUCGGGAGUGACGACGAAGUAGAAGAGUGGCGGGCUGGUGAUUCGGACAACGAUGGAGGUGCCGAUGCUGAUGACAAGGUUGCCACGGAGGGGUUUGCUGAUGCCGUCUUAUUUGACGGUGAAAGCGAGGACGACGACCCAUGGUGCAUAGUGGCGGACGACGAUGUUCCGCUCUUGAAGCGGAGGCUGCGCCAUCGCCUACAGUCCAAGCCGAAGCGUGCCCGCGUGGUGCUCUCUGACGACCACACUCCGGGGAUGGAGCGCCGCCCGAUACUCACCGCUGCAGAGAAGGGUAAAACCAAGGUCGCGGAAGCCCCUCCUAAUGCCACUGUUCGUCGCCGCACAAGCAACAAGAAGCGGAAAACCGACGGCGACCCUGGAUCCAGCAAGGGUGCUGCUAAGAAGAAGGUGAAGAAGACGCCAAAUCCGGACGACAUCGUGGUCAACGAGACGCUGGGCAGCGACGAUGAAUACGCGGAAGCGGCGGGCCCGAUUCCUUCAUUCCCUGAGAAGCCCACGCCGAAAGACCCCACCCUCCAUAAUCCCAACACCCGCCCACCUUCCCCUCGCAGCAAGGACACUACGAAAAGGCGACGCGGAUGGACGGUCAUCAUUGACGCGUUCCGCCACUGUGGGAUUUCAAGCAAGCUGGACGGAACGGAGAACCACCUGGUGAUGUCGCAUCUGCGCGCCAAGAGCACCACCGACGUAUCCGAGGACAUGUGCCUCGGGGGGACCACAGGCGACAACACGCGCCUGCUUGGUCAGGCUCCAGAGGAGGAGGAGGAGGAGGAGGAGGAGGAGGAGGAGGAGGAGGAGGAGGAGGAGGAGGAGGAGGAGGAGGAGGAGGAGGAGGAGGAGGAGGAGGAGGAGGAGGAGGAGGAGGAGGAGGAGGAGGGGAUGCAGGGCGAGGGCGUGAGGGAGGUGGCCGUGGCAACUGGCCUGGAGGUGCUGUACCAGGAGACCCCCAACUACCGCGGAGCGGCGGCCGAGGCUGACCGCAUGAUCGAGCCUGGGGAGACGGCUAGGCAUGUCUGGCGAGUGCCAGAUUUGGGAGUUAGAGAGCCUGUUGUUAGUGCAGGUGAGGAGGCGGUGACUGAAGGGGUCUAG